AUGCCGCCGCGGACUCGAGUGCGCGCCUCGUUUGCAUGCGCCAGAUGCUACAGAGGCAAGAAGCGGUGUGAUAACAUACUGCCAACAUGCACCUCAUGCAAACGCGCCGGGGUGGAGUGCAUGAGUAUCGAUCGGGAUACCAAAGGCGAGGUACCGCGAAGCGUUGUCAAGUUUCUCGAGGAGACAAUUGCAGCAUUCGAACUUCAACUUGGACAGGCCGAUAAACCAGGCGAUAGCUCGAUAUGUGUCCUUAGAAAGUGUCGAAACUAUCAAACGCCACGGACGUGGUGUACUCCAGAUUCCACCAAGGUCGCGGAGUCGGGGUUCGACGUGAUACCACCGCUGCAUGUGGAUGCAUCACCGAUCAGCGUGAAUGUGGCCAAAGUCGCCACCGAGUAUGCCAGCAGGGCGGUGGUCGACAAUUUCGAUCGUAUCCCGUAUCGCCAAAUACUGACAAGUUGCGCGGAAUUGCCUCUGUCGUUGUCACAGAGCGUGAGCGCUGAGAUCUGUCGAGGGGACACGCAGCGCAGUGGUCUGCGAGACAUCCCGAAAAGCAUAGCCAAAGUGCUGUUUGACAAGUAUGUCGAUAAAAUUCUGCCUCAAUAUCCCUACUUUCUCGAGGGUGAUCUCCGCUGGCAGUUCGCUCUGGUCUACGAUGAGUCGGCUGCUGCAGUACCACAUGAGGCAUACUUUGUGGUUGCCAUGGUCCUCGCCAUAGUGACUCUCACCUGCAAGACACCCAAUUUUUCCGAUGUUCUGUCCGUGGCCGAACCGUUGCACCAAGACGCCCUCAGACACGACGAGUUUCUGAAGUAUGCAACGUUGAGAUCGAUGCAAUGCAUCUUACUCCUGCAACAAUUUGCCGCCCUGCUCCCAUAUACAGGCAACCUCUGGCACCUUGCGGGAGAAGCCAUGCGAAUUGCUAUUGAGCUUGGGUUGCAUAAAGAGCCUUGGGAUGAUCUCAGUCUCGACCUGGUCUCGGUGGACCUUCGCAGACGCAUUUUUUGGGCGACAUAUGCAAUUGAGAGAUCGCUCACCGUCACAUCGCAUCGUCCUUUCACCUUGAUGGACGAACACAUCAAUACUCAAUAUCCUUCCGAGUACGAGGACUGUUGUAUUCGCCGGGACCAUAUUGACACCAGUGGACGGCGCAUCAAGUUCCAAUUUCUCAACGUGGUGCGCUUCCGGCAAAUCCAGUCCGAAAUUUGCUCUGUUCAAUACUUCAACCGCCCGCUCGGCGACCUCACCUACGAUCAGUGGCAGACAGAAGUAGAAGGCCGGAUUGAACAGCUACAUCAAGAUAUUCUGUCCAUGAUUGAGACGGCCCCAGAGUGGCUGUUACCGUGUGUCUGGAACAAUCGCGUUAUGCUCCAUCGCCCAUGUUGUCGCAACCCCAAUCCAUCGAAACAGUCACUUCGAGCAUGCUUCCAUGCGGCCUUCCACAUGGCCAAAGGAUGUUGGAGCACCGCUCAAACGUCAUAUCUCACCUUUACCUUCCAUAUUGUCCACAAUGCCUUCGAAGCUGGGACCACGAUGCUGUAUAUUCUCAAAGAGAAGCCGACCAUUGCCCGGGCAUUGUUCCCAAAUCAGGAAAUCGUCAGCAAUCUCACUCACUUGUCUGCAGUGUUUACUCUUCUAUCAGAGCGCUGGGCGGCCGCAGCAUAUGCUGGAGAUCUCUUCGACAACCUGAAGAGAACCGUGCUGAAGACCUUUCUACGUCCUGGCCAGAUAGUACUCACCGCUGAUGACUCCGCGAACCUCAAAGAGCUGGACGAUAUUGUCCUUCACAAAGUCAUUGAAGACCUCUACUCUAUGGGACAACAGCGCCCACGCCCGACCCCAGCAGAGGUUGCGGACUCAAACACGUAUUCUUUCACUAUGUGCCACGAGAUUUUCCCGGCGGAAGAAGAUCGUUUGCAAGAGCUCUACAAUUUUGACAUAGACAUCGAAUCCAGCUUUUCCUAUCCAUUUCCAGAUGCAAGCUUAGACGACAUCAAUGGCGAUCAGAGCGCCGUCUGCGCCGAAAUUCUUCCCAUAGACCUGUCCCGCCACCACGACUAUCCUGCCACGGAGUUUAUUUGGAACGACGCUCUGUAUAUCUCUGCACUGCGGUCGCGACUACAAGAGUUGAUCCAGACACAACGACAACGAGCACAUGAACCCAGUUCACUGGAGCAACUUACCAGCCUAUUGUCUGGUGAGUGUGAGCCUGUCGCUAUUUCCGGUCCUGGAACAGGACUCAUUACUUCGCCUCAACUCUCGAACCACCUUGUCGUGGGCGACAUCGUAAACGCCGAGAAGUUGGAUGCCACUUUGACCUUCUACGGCCACACAAGUGUCUUUGUGCAAAUGGGGCAAAUGAGCCACCAAGCUCUACACCUUGCCGCAUUUUCUACACCGGGACAUGGCCAGAGUUGGAGCUCUCGCACAUCUCUCCUUGCAGGUAUUCCUCCUCUAGACACUGACCUCCCGCCUCCAUCCGUUGCCACCACGCUGAUGACCCUGUUUGGGCAUUCGAUCAAUAUUUUUUAUCCAAUCUGUCGCCAAGAAAUGUUGGAUGAGCUCUACGUGGCUGCAUCGGAUGGCGACUCCACUGCCUCUGUCACCCUCUCCCUGAUCCUCGCAAUUUCUACCCAUAUUAUCGGCAAAGCUGACCGUCGGAUGGCGGCGUGGUCCUCGACAUACUUCUUGAAAGCCAUGCGCGAAUGGCAGUGGUCGAACGAGACAUGCAGAUCUAAAACUCUUCGCAUAGCAAUUCUGACCUGCAUAUACAUUCUAUUAAACCCGGCCGCGGGUGAUGUGUGGCGCGUUCUCGGACUUGUGUCGCGCUUAUGCCUUGACCUGGCCAACAUCAAGGUUGAACGACAGUCACAGGAAGAGAGAGAAGAAAAUGCUCUCUUGCACAGAACUGCCUACUGCCUUGAAUGCGAGAUAUCAAUUGCAUUCGGGCGGCCAACCCAACUACCUGACCGGCAUAAUUUUGUCAAAUACAUCCAAGCUAAUACUGCGUCCGAGAAAGUAUCUUCGCAUAUCUACAAACUGAAUCGCUUGAAAGCCGCACUGCUCAACAAGACACUUAGUGAUAGUGGCACACAAAUGACUUCGGAGAACGCGGAGAGCUGGAGGCAAUACAGUCAAGACCAACUGAAAAAGUGGAUGGAUUGUUGGAUGGCAGAUUUGAACAUGACGGAAAUAGCCAACGCCGAAGCGACUGCGCAGAUGCCGCCCGUCGUCAAUUCUUGGGGCAAGCUGUUAUAUCACGGUGGCUUGUUGCUCAUGGAAAGGAGCCAUCCAUGGACAGGUACUCUCCAGCAUGGGUGUAACACUGCCCCCGGUUUCAUCGAAGCCUGCACAGACAUCCUUGCGCCUCAGACCGACUGGAUACGUCGACUCGUUCUGGGUGGCCAGGCGCAAUGGGACACUGAGCCCGCGUUCAGCUACUUCCCCAUCACAUGGCCGACUGUGCACUCCUUGCUGUCCGCAGGGUUGACCCUGGCGAUUUCAACGCAAGCCAGUCGAGACCCAGGGGAUGGCCAUGAAAGCCUGCUAAGGCAAUGCACCAAACUUUUGGCGACGCUCGAAACUGAUCAAGACACUCUGUCCUAUGGCUUUUCGAGACAUUUAGAAGCUAUGAUGGAACGAAAAGGAUGA